UCCACCUAUACAGGUACCUAGCCAAUUACCUGCUCACCCUCUCUUCUGCUGUCGUCGCAUUACCCAGAGUCUCUGUGCAGCAAGUAAGCGACUCUCCUUUUCUUGACCUUAGAGCCCCGGCUUCUGGGACGAAAGCUAUCGGUCGGUCCAAUUGGGUCACGACGACUUCACAUACCUGUCGCUGCCUGUGCGCUGCAUGGGUGAUACCUCGCUAGCCAACCAGUCGUUCAAUUGAUCGGGCUGAGUCAGUUUGCCAGUAUGCGCUGGCCGACACUCGCUUCCGGGCUGCUGCUCUCCGCCGCGGCCGUGGAUGCCCGGAGGAGCUACCAGCACGUGGGGAAAAAGGACCCGGCGCCGAAGAGGUCGGCUGCCUCCGAUCGCGACGGCUUCUUGGCGCACUACUUGGCCACGCGACAGCUUCCCGAGCCCAAGUUUGCGAACGAGAACACCACCAGAUUCGCUGUCAAUGGCACCGGAAUCCCCGAUGUCGACUUUGACGUCGGCGAGUCCUACGCUGGAUACCUCCCCAUCAGCGACCUCCCGGACGAGAACAACGAGCUCUUCUUCUGGUUCUUUCCUUCGUCGGCGCUCAAUUCGACCGAGAGGGAGAUUCUGCUCUGGCUCAACGGUGGUCCCGGCUGCUCGUCCUUCGAGGGACUGCUUCAGGAGAACGGUCCAUUCACGUGGCAAUAUGGCACCUUCAAGCCGGUGCCGAACCCUUGGGCCUGGAACCGCCUCACGAACGUGGUCUGGGUAGAGCAGCCGGUCGGAACCGGCUUCUCGCGCGGCACCGUCACGGCUCGUAGCGAGGAGGAUGUAGCUGCCCAAUUCCUCGGCUUCUGGCGCAACUUUAUCGACACUUUCUCGCUGCAGGGCUAUAAGGUAUACAUCGCUGGCGAGUCGUACGCGGGCCUCUACUGCCCCUACAUCGCGUCCGCCAUGCUCGACGCGAACGACCCGGCCUACUUCAACGUCAGCGGCUUGCUCAUUUACGACCCGGUUCUCAGCGACGACGUGGUUCAGACCUCUACCACGACAGUCCCCUUUGUCGACUACCACCGCAACCUCAUGCCUUUCAAUGACUCCUUCAGCGCCUACAUACACGGCUUGCACGAUACCUGCGGCUUCGCCGAGUUCAACGAGAGGUAUCUCACGUAUCCACCGCCGGGCCCGCAGCCGCCCAACUAUGCUGAGGGCGUGAGCGAGGAGUGCAGCAGCCUGUGGGAGGUGGUUCUGACCGAGGCCCUUAGCAUUAACCCUUGCUUCGACGUCUACCAGGUCGCCACCACCUGCCCAUUACUGUGGGACGUGCUCGGCUUCCCGGGAACUUUGGGUUAUCUGCCCGAGGGUGCCGGAACAGUCUACUUCGACCGCGACGACGUCAAGCGUGCGAUCCACGCAGACCCAGCCACCGAGUGGGCGGAGUGCGCCGAGCUCGACGUCUUCGUCGACGGCAGAGAUACGUCCGACCCGUCCUCGUGGCGCGUGCUGCCGCACGUCAUCGACGCGACCCAGAAGGUGAUCAUCGGGCACGGUACCCUCGACAUGAUCUUGCUGCCGAACGGGACGCUGCUCGCGAUCCAGAACACGACGUGGGGCGGGCAGCUCGGGUUCCGAGAGGUGCCCGCGGAACCCUUCUUCGUGCCGCACCACACGCUCGGGUCGGCAAGCGACAUCUUCGCGGAGACGGACCCGCUGCGGCUGUCGUCGAUCGCGGCCCAGGGCGUCGCGGGCGUCGCGCACACCGAGCGCGGGCUCACGUACGUCAGCAUCGACCUCGCCGGCCACAUGGUGCCCCAGUACGCGCCCAGCGCCGCCUUCCGCCAGCUCGAGUUCCUGCUCGGCCGCGUCGACAGCCUCUCGUCCGUCGCGCCCUUCGCCAUCGAGCCCAACUACCCGCAGCCGCCCGCCGACACCCUCGGCUCCGGAACCGGCCCCGCCACGACCGGCAACGCCAGUGGCGCCGGCACGAAUCCCGCCGGGGCCGAAAACACGCCAGGCACGAGCGCGGCGACCAAGAUGGCGCCCGGCAGCGGCGCCGCGGUGUCGGCGGCUAUCGGCGCCGUAGUGGUGCUGGUGAGUUUCUGGUAGGGAAUGUUGGGGGUAACUCUCGUGGGUUAUAGGUAAAUAUGCGUUUUGGGGAAUGCAUGCGUACGGCACUUAACCCAGAGCGGUAAUCACUGGAAUAAGGAAUCCCAAUAUUUGGUCGUCCCGCCGGUAUCUGUGAAUGGUGUUGACACGUGUGGGUGCAUGCAUAUACAGAAGGAUAGGUAACUUCGUGGUACAUGGCAAGCCAGCCAACUAGUUGGAGGACGGACUGAGACACGAGUUGGUCAACUGAGGCUACGUUAGGCAUCUCAAAUACAAGCAGACAUCCGUGGGUA